GAUUGAGCCAAUUUGUCACUCUGACCCAGGUCAUAAUUAACUCUGCACCAUCCAUUCACUAUAUUUUGCUGUGUCUAUAUAUAUUUAUAGUUCCAUCAAUCAGUUUCCCCUGCACUGCAAAAAAAAGUGAAAGGCUGUUACACACUGCCACCAAAGACCAACCCUUUUUUCCUCCAUUUUGCUUGCCCCAAAUCAGAGUUUUUUUUCCCCAAACACACACUCACAAUUGGUGGUUGAGUGCUUCUUCUCAAAAUGGGUGAGAAAGAUGAUGAGUUUGGGUUGAGUUUGAGUUUGAGUUUGGGGGGAGUGAAUCAACAACAACAACCCCCUUCUUUGAAUCAUAUGCACCAGCCUCAACAACAACAACCUGUUCCCAUGAAUCACAAUAAGACUCUCUUUGGUGAUUUGUUUCAGUUACCAGCAGAUCGGAGCUCCGAUAUGGUACGAGGAAUCGACGUUAAUUCGGCGGCGGAGUACGAUGGCGUUUCCUCGCCGAACAGCGCCGUCUCGAGCGUGAGCGGCGGCGGCAAGCAGAGCGAGAGGGACGACGAUAAUGCCGCCGCCGUGGCUGGUGAGAGGACCUCGUGCUCGCGAGGGAGCGACGACGAUGACGGUGGUGGCAGCGACGCCGCGAGGAAGAAGCUGAGGCUGACGAAAGAACAGUCCAUGGUGUUGGAAGAAACGUUCAAGGAGCACAACACCCUGAAUCCGAAACGGAAGCAAGCGUUGGCAGAGGAGUUGAAUCUGAAGCCCAGACAAGUAGAGGUGUGGUUUCAGAACAGAAGAGCAAGGACUAAGCUGAAGCAAACUGAAGUGGAUUGUGAAUACUUAAAGAAAUGCUGUGAGAAUUUAACUGAAGAGAAUAGAAGGUUGCACAAGGAGGUUCAAGAGCUUAGGGCAUUGAAAUUAUCCCCACAAAUGUACAUGCAUAUGAACCCUCCCACCACUCUUACAAUGUGCCCUUCUUGUGAGCGUACUCACUCCUCUGCAUCCUCCUCCCCUGCUACCAUCCACUCAACAGUGGCGGCGGCCACCUCUAGCAAUUGCAAACUGCUUGGUGCAAACAUCCGGCGGCCGGUGCCCGUCAACACUUGGCCAUUUGAAGGCCCAAUUCCUCGGCCAUAAUUGGUUGAGGGCAAUGUGAUAUUUAUAAUGAUGUCUAGACAUUUUUAGUUACUAGACAUGUAUGCAUGAAAAGAAAAAAACAAAUUACAACGGAACACUAAUUUGUGGUUUUUGUUUGGAAUCAAGGAUAUGAGUUUGGAUUUGGUUAACUCUUCAAUGAA